UGGACGUAUACCUCCAUGGAAACUGACGAUGCUCAACUUUCAUGUGCUUUCAGCUCUAUUGAAUUCAGCUACAAAGAUACAGCACAGUGCGGCAUUGGGGGAAAUCUAUAAUCUCUGGAGUGUUUAUAAUCAGUGCUGGGAAGCGGAAAGUAUUGUUUACUUAAUGUUUUGAAGUCGCAAGAAGAAGACAGUAGUACAGAAUUACAUUAUAAUAUGAAACUGGUUAGAGCAAUUGGGGAUAGGGCCUUAUGAAACCAUACAUGUGUAUAAUUUGAGCAAAAUGGCAGAUCAACCAUUAGAUAUCGACCAGGAUCUAGCAAAACGGCUGCUAGUGGAAGGAGCAAUUAUUAUAAUUCGUGAUCUUCCUCCAGGGACCGAAUUCGGUAUCGAUUUAAAAUCAUGGAAUACUGGAAAUAAAUUUUUGGGUGUGAAGAUGAUUCCUCCUGGAGUACAUUACGUUCAUUACAGUGCAACUGACCAGCUGGGUGACACGGCACCGCGUUCUGGCUUUAUGUACGACUUCAAGACGUCUGAAGUUGUUGUCAGGAGGUGGGACAAGGAUGCAGAGGACCUGGACAUUAAAGAUGUCGGAGAUGAAGAAAAAGCGAGAGUGAGAUCAAAUCUAUUGAACCUGGACAGGUUUCUAGGGCCGUACCCUUUUGAAAUAUGGAAGAAGUGGCAGUCAAUGACGAAUAAAAUAUCUGCACGGCUGGCAGAGAGGCUGAUGCCCGAGUGCGGGCAAGUGCGGUCCGCCCCAGAGAUGGCGCCCAUGCCGUCCGACGGAGACGGAGACGGAGACGGAGCGGAGGAGGGUCGGCGGGGAAGGCGGAGCGGCGCGACGGCAGAGGAGCGGGAGGAGCGGCUGCUGCCCGCGCUGCGGCCGCUGCCCGGCACCGCGCCGCGCCUCACCCCGCUCCCGCUGCAGGGCUGGCCGCGGGGCGCCACGCCCGCCGAGGUGACGAGACACUCUCUAGACUCGAGCUUCAAAUUGGAUACGUUACUACAGCAGAUGGACAGCCCGGACGAGCUGCUGGGCGAGCUACAAUUCUGCUUCGUGCUCUUCCUCGUCGGGCACUCGCUGGACGCCUUCGAGCACUGGAAGCGGCUGGUUCGGCUGCUGUGCGGCUGUGUGGACGCGCUCGGCUCGAAGCCGCAGUUCUUCGUCGAUUUCAUAUCUGUCGUGGAGACGCAGGUGACGGAGAUCCCCGAGGAGUUCCUGGCAGACAUCGUAGCCAACAAGAACUUCGUGUACGUGUCACUACGAGAGCUCUUCCGCAACCUGCAGGACACCUGCUGCGAGGCGGACUCGCGGCUUAAGGCGCGCGGCGAGCGCUUGGCGCGCGCUCUCACCGGCCGCCUCGGCUGGGACUUCUCGGAGCUCGAGUUGGAGGAGGAUGACGAGGCGCCGGUGGUGGUGGAGCUGUGAGCGGUGAACUGCGACAGGUGCUCCGGUGGCGAUAGCCCUCUGCUAGCUCGGCAGUGGCAACCGACUUUUCCAAUUCUACAUUAGCUGUCACCAUUGAAUCACUUCAUUUCUCGUGUGUAAGAUGAUAAGUAUCACUUGUAAAAAAAAAAAACCUUGUAUAAACCUUUCUCUAAUCAAAUAA